UUCCCCUGAGUUUAAAAUCUUAAGAAUCCUACAUUUCCGACAGUACUCGAAGGCAGCACCCACCCAGAGCUGCGUUUGACAUUUCCAGUUUGUCAGAGAAGCUAACGUUCAGCAUGUCAGAAAAGGAGCUGGGGAAAAAGUGGGACCGGUGCUUGGCAGACGGGGCCAUUAAAGUCGGCACCGGGCUGGGGUUGGGAAUCGUGUUGUCUGUUCUGUUCUUCAAACGGCACACUUGGCCGAUUUCCUUCUGCUCGGCAGCGGGACUUGGCAUGGCGUACGGCAACUGUCAGAGCGACCUGAGGUCCUCGUAUCUGCUGCACAGAAACGAAAAGGAGCAGUAGCUGCAAGCCAUCGAGGGACUGUCGUAUUUUUUAUUAUUAUUUUUAUUUUUGUUUAGACCUUUUUGUUUUGCCCGUAGGAGAGUCGCCAUUUGCACUGUUCUACAGCGAAGAGAUCCCUGUUGAACCAUCCAUCCCAGUAUGACUCUGUAAGAUUGUAUGUGCCCGAUCGGGAGAGUCUGUAUAUUUAAUAAAAUAAUCAACAAUAAAAAUAAACAACAUCGACAACAAAA